GGAAUAAUAUAUCAUUAAGUUCUUCUCUGAUUCCUCUGUUGAUUUCCUGAGUUCUCCAAUUUAUAUUAGUUUCAUAUAUUUCUUCUUAUUAAGCAUCAUUUCAAGAGCCAGGGAGGAGGAACUGAGUGAAUGGGAGGAUACUACCUUUGCUACGAGGGUUGCCUACCGCACUGCUGGUGGGAUUGUGAAGAAGCGCUCGAGAAAUAUGCCAGAAACAGUGGACAAUGAAAUUUUUGAUGAGGCAGGAAUGUUGACCUACAGGAUGAAGCUUCCACUCAUCCAUAUAUCUGGCUUUGGGGGGGCUAGCCACUCGGUUGGAGAGUCGGGCUGUCCGGUUUUCGAUGAGCAGAAUCGUAUGAUUGGGCUCAUAGCUUUUGUGAAGGCCGGGUCUGUGUUUGUGGUUCCGACGUGCGUGCUUAGGAACUUCGUGUCACGCCACUUGGCCACUGCUAUGCGGCUUGCACCGGACGCUCCGCCCCCUCCGCUCCCUUCCUCUGCAGCUUCUCUGCCCGGACCUUCUCAGCAAAUCAUGAGAGGGAGAGGGAGCACUUCGAUGAGAGGGAGAGGCAGUGGCCAUCACAAGAGGAGGGGUCCCCCCUCUGGGAAGGGGAGCGGCAGCCAUCACAUGAAGAAGAUGCGAAAAAACUUCGACAAAAAUCCGAUUCUCCGCGGUAGGCCUUCGCUGAUCGAAGGAAACAAAAUCUAGAAGGAAAGUUGAUUUUUCGCGGAUUCUUCGCAUCAAUUAUGAGAUCUACACCGUGAAGAUCCAUUUAUUCUUCUACGUCAAUCCGAAGAUUGAUAUUUGAGAUUUCAUAUGAUCGGGACUUUCCUUUGUCGGUGAAUUUCAGCUUUCUUCUUGCAAAAAUGCAGUAAGUUUCCUUAUUCUUACCAAAUUUAUCUUCGUUCGAUUCCUCUUUUCUUUCACACAAAAUGGUUUGUUCUCUUCUGCUCAAAACUUUUGUUCUUCUUGGUCUGCGAAAUUUUUUCUUGCUCAACAUGAGGUACAAAUCUCGAUUGAAUUUAUUGCCUAAUUACAGUAGGUCUCCUUCUUCAAUAUCAAAUGAUAUACAAAUUGUGAUUUAGGUUAUCGAUAAAUCAAAUUGUAAGUUAGGCAAUUCGGCAAUUUAUUCUCCAUUUGUAUGUAAGGUGUGCUCAUACCUAAUGACUUUUUUGGAGUAUUUUGCUUCGUGUGAUUCGACUAUAUAGGAUACCGGUGUACAAUGAUGACAAGACGACGAAUUCAAUUGAAAUGUUUUUCAUGGACGAACCUAUGAUGUCAUUUUGGGACUUCCAACUAGGAAAAUCAUCACAACAUACAUUCUCUGUGGGUGAGGUGUCAUCAUGUGUAAAGGCAUAUAUGUGUAAUUGGGAGGAGGCCAGGGUACUAAACCCUAGGAGCUCUGAUAUGUUUGAAGUACCAAGCACUGAACUAAUGAAUGGUUUGUACUUUGUACUUCUCAGGUUGUUUGCCGGAUACUACCCAAAAUCCCACGAUCAAACUAAAACAUUGGCACCAACAUUUUUAUCCUUUGAAAGUUGCAUCACUUUUUGCUCUUUGUUAUGAAGAAUCUGACUGAAGAUUUUUUUGUAGAAUCUAAGGAUAAUUCGUUAGAAUGAAAUGUAGAUGCAAUGAUAUUACCGAUUCUACUUCCAACAAAAGAAUGAAAGAGAUGGAGCAUCAUGAUGAAGAUGAAGAGUGUUAAACUAGAGAAAAACUAAGAUUAGAUAUUUUAUGAAUUUAUGUUACUUUGAGAGUAUUACUUUUUUGGGUUUGAUUUGUGUGUUACACAAUUUAUGAUUU